AUGCCUCAUCAGCAAUGCAUCACAAACAUUUGUACUUCCUCACGUAGAGUGACAAGGUUGAAAAGGGAUCCUCUGGCUAGAAAAUGUCAUGAGGCCGGGGAGAACAAAAUUCUUCCUGCAUUUAGAGAUAUCUCAUGGGGUCCUUCCAGCAGGACAGAAGAUGUGAUGAUUCAGGGUUUCUAUGGCAGACAAAAAGGCAAUUUGGAAAGAAACUCUGGAGGGGAUGUGGAGGGAGCAGGCCCCAGCAGUCUUUCCUGUGAAGACGCUGCUGCAGAUGCAAUGUUUCUGGACUUCGAGUCUUUGCAGAUGAUGAAAGACGACUCUGAGGAAGAUGAUGCCAGUGACCUUUCUGAUUCGGAAAGAAUUCCUAUCCCUCCUUCACCUUGCACACCGCCAGAGCUCAAUCUGCGAGCAGAGGAGAUCGACCCCGUUUGUUUUGAAGACCCCUUUGAGAUGCAACGUAAGCAACCCGACUACUAUUACCCAGACUUUCUCCCGUCGCCUUUUAACAGCUGGGACUUGAAAGGGCUGGCCGUGUUCAUCAACACCGAGUGCAAAUCCGAACCACGACCAGAACCGGCUGGAUUUCUUGAGAGGUAUGUUGAUCGUCUUUUGGAGCUGGAAUGGCUGCAGAUGCAAACUGUACAAGCUGAGAAAGGUAAGGUAACCAAAGCUCGGGCUCAGACUGCUCCUAGUGUCCUCCGGUCCUUGAAAAGUUCUGGCAAGAGCAAAUUGUUGCACAGCCCUUUAGCAAAUAAACAGUUGACUCUCCAGGGAAACUCCCCAAGACUCCCUAUGGCAGGUCUCAGAAGAGAUUUUCACGGGGAAAGGACCAGCCAGGCAACACCCCUUGAGAGUCAGUUGAAGGCCACUGGAGCAAUCCAUGGCUCAUCAGUCCACCAGAGGAGACCUUCUGAAGUGAGGAAUGAGACAAAAAAGCGACCCACCAUCAAGCAGCAUCUGGUCAGUGUGCAUUCUCUUGAGGUCCAGGGAUCUUCCGUGUUCCAUGGAGCUGGCAACAUGAGACCUUCCAAGCAAUCUUCUUCGUUCCAUGGGUCCACUGUCCCCCUUAAGGGGUUACCAGCCCAUAUAUGCCCAAAUCCCAAGAAUGGAAACACUAAUAAUUACAUUCCUUCCAAAAAAGCUUCAGCAGAUGCCAAGCUAAAAACAAAUGGCUUGAAACAAACACGGUGCAAAUUUAAAUAAUGCUGGGGUGGGGCUUGUUGCCUUGGUACAGCAACACCUGGCAGGCCUUUUCCUUGUGCAGCAAAAAUCUAGGAUGGUGGUUCUUGGACGUUGAGGUAGACUAUCACAGGGAGAUGCCAUCAUGUCCUUGACUUCUCAUCCUGUGUUGUGAUUGGUCCUGGAGACAAGAACUCUGAUUUGUCCCUGCCUCAUCAACACUAUUGGAAAUAGGUAUCCUGGCCUCUGUGAUGUUUGUGAUUGCGGGACACCAUGGUAUGAGAUGUUUGAUUUCCCAGGGUUCCUUCCAUAAGCAUGUAACAUCAAAACAUUCUCACAGCCUAUGUACUCAUGACCCUCCUUUUUAAAAAGUUGUGAUGUAUGGCCAGGCAUUUUUUUUCUCUUGUGGUAAAUUUUUGCAGCUGGUUUUUUAUAGGGAAAUAUCAAUGUUAUGGGACAAACUAAAGAUUGGGUGGUAAGAAAAUGUACAUAAAUAAGUGUAACUUUCUUCUAAUUCCCAUGAUUUCAGCAUAUAAGAACAUUUCUCUCCUUGUGCUCAGAUUUCCCUCUUUAAAGUUGUACAUUUGAUCUCUCUUUGUUUAGGACAGCAUUUAUAGAUUUUUCAGUUUGUAACAAGGAAUCCCAAAGUAGUUUACAAGGCAUCUGUAUCUGGAGAUGUUGUUGGCUGUUAUUAUUAUUGCAAUAUAAUAAUAAUAUAUUGGGGCUGGCCUGGGGUUGAGUACAUACCUUUGUCAUUUGAUAGAACUGCAAAGGAAGAUGUAGGGUAUGUUGAGUUGAUGGUGCUUUCAAAGACUUACAUAGGUCAGUUGGAAGGAAGGAUGCUGGAGAAUAUGGAGAAAUAAGAAAGAUUCAGAAGGAAGUAAUGGAAAGAAAGAAAACCACAUCUGGAGGAGUCAGAUGACCUUCUGCCUGGGAAUUCUAUGAUUUGCAGUCCUGACACACAUAGUAUGUAUCAUAUUAUGAACUCCUGUCCUAGAGACAUUUUCGCCCAUGGUUCAUAGUUGAUCAAAAAGUUAUUUUCUAAUUUAUCAGGAAGUUAAAAGAAAAUAUAGUUUGAUGAGUGGGAGGAUCAUUUCAAAUGUCCUCUUCCUUGACUUUGGAACAGUUGAGUAAGGUGAAUGAGAUCAAGCUCUUUGCUCCACUUAGCAGCUACAGAUCCUUCCUUACAUAUUGCUUAUUUUUUAUUUUAUAUUCCUUCCAAAGCCUUAGGAGUUUUUAAAACAGAACCAGCAAGCUUUGUCUAUGCAAAUUAAAAGACACUCAUAUUCAGUUUCUCCACCACCAUCAUUUUUACUGAUUACCUAGAAGAGCAAAAUAAAGGCAUUUCCAGACAUCAGUAUUCUCAGCAACUGUAACUUGAACAGUGAAUCUGCUGCUUCUGCACAGCUGCUGAACAAGGAUCAGCCCAGUUAAUAUGUGGCACACCAGCAACUUAGUCACCCCAAAAAUACAAUUAUGAAAAAAAACACACCUUGAUACUCUGGCCUUGUUCUCAUGACACAUUCAAUGGGAAGAAGUCAGUAUGCUGUGGAAUACCUUAAAAGGAUCAGUUAAUCCAGUCAACUAAUUUCCAUGGGCAGGGGGUCUGCAGCAAAGUGGGACCAGAUGUGGGAAGCCCCAUCCUUCACUGACAUCACUGUGUAAGUUCUUUUUUUAUGUGUCUUGGUGGGAAGGCUUGUGUGGUGACAUCCAUCUGUCCAUCCAUCCCAUGUUGUGCUUAGAUUCUCUUUAAUUUUUCUGGGAAUCAAGUUAACAUGAAUUGGCUUCACUGGCUACAGUACAGUUGCUCCUGCCUAGGGGUUAGGUUUAGCCCAAACAGACCGGGGUUUUCUUGGGUAAACACUGUGAGUGAAAUCCUUCUUCUCUUACCAAAAGAUUACCUCUUUCUUAUAAUGUCCACAGUCAAUAUGGUCCUAGACAGUCUCUCUAAAUCAGAGUUUCUCAACCAUGGCAAUGUCCAGGUAUGUGGACUUCAAUUCCCAGAAUUCUCAUCAAUGGCCAUGCUGGCUGAGAAAUUCUGGAAUUUGAAGUCCAGGCACCUAGAGAUUGCCAAGGUUAAUGGUGCUAGAAAUACUCUGUUUCUGGUGGUUUUGGUUUUCACCUCUCCUGGCAGAGAGUUGGGGUAGAGAAGAAUCAGAAGCAGGUGGAGGGUAUGUAAGCUGUGGACCUAUCCACUGAUUGCACCCUUCUCUCCAAAGAGGAAAGCAAUAAAGGCAGGAACCAGAAAGAGAAAUAAGUCUCCAGAUGCUUUGUGGCGGCUGAAAAGACUGACAAAAUGAUUGACAAGUGACUAAUGGAGUCCUCCAAGAUAUGUAUUGCCAACAUGCAAAAGUGUAUCAAAAGUGAGAAAGAAGAUAGUUGGAUUGCUUGUGCCAUGAGAAUAGGGUCACCAAGAAGAACAUCUCAGUGAUAUGAUGGUGAAUUUGGUUAGGUUUUUCUUUUUUUUGUAAUGAACCAUUUCACUUAAUUUUUUUUAUUUUGAGAAUUGUAGCCAGGAAGACUGGCCUGCUCCCUUCCAUAAUAUCUGGAAAUAAUAUACUAAAUAUUAUUAUAUACUGAAAAUUGGACGUUGUAAUGCUGAGCUAGCCAUCCAUCCUUAAUUGCCAAUGAUACGGAGCAGGGAAGAAGAGACUGUUAUAGUACCUCAAUAAUUUUUUACUAAAUGUUAUUGAAGGGGGAUUCAGCACACCACUGCUGCUGUUUUGGGUAGCAGCUCUACUUUUACCAUGAUGGCUAUGGUAGACAAUGAAUUCAUUCUUUCAUCUGUAUUUGUAGCCUAAGACUGGCAUGUGAAACACUUA